AUGCGCGUGGUGCGGAGCGACGGCGAGCAGCGGUGGGUGGAGGUGGUGGGGCGCGACUGCAGCAAUCUCUCCCCUUCCAUUGAUAUAACAGGCGGAGCAGCAGGGGGGGCAGCAGGGGGAGCAGGGGAGGGGGGAGGGGGCGGGGAGCUGUGGGUGGUGAGUGACAUCACGGACCGGCUGAUCGUGCAGGAGAAGUUCCGCCUGCUCUUUGACUUCUCCUCGGACGGCUACCUGGUGUUUGACGAGACGGGCAUAACUGAAUGCAAUGAGGCGGCGGUGCGCUGCCUGCGCUGCCCCGACAAGGCCAGCCUGCUGGGCCACCACCCGGCGCUCUUCUCGCCGCUGAAGCAGCCGGACGGGCAGCUGUCCAAGGAGAAGGCAAAGGCCAUGGACAGGAGAGCAGAGCAACAGGGCAUGCACAAGUUCGAGUGGGUCUAUCAGCGUUUCGACGGCUCUCUAGUGCCCAUCGAAGUCACUCUGACCUUCCUGGAGGUGCAGCAGCAGCACCCCAUGUACCUGGUGGUGUGGCACGAGGUGGCGGAGAUCAAGCAGCAGGCGGAGGAGCUGAGGGCCGCCAAGGACGCAGCUGAGAAGGCCAGCCAGGCCAAGAGCCAGUUCCUCGCCAACAUGAGCCAUGAGAUUCGCACUCCUAUGAAUGGUGUUAUCGGCGUAGCAGAGCUGCUUCUAGGAACGGACCUCACAGCGGAGCAGCGCUCGUACCUGGAGAUCAUCCGCUCGUCGGGGGACAAUCUCUUGAGAAUCAUAUCCGAUGUGCUGGAUCUUUCCAAGAUCGAAUCCAAGAACCUCGCGCUAGAGCACAUCGAGUUCAACAUCCAGCAGCAGGUGACGGAAGCCCUUGCUCUAUUGGAGGUGGUGGCGAAGGACAAGGGGCUGUAUUUAGAGCUCGAGAUCGCUGAAGAGGUGCCGUCCGUGGUGGUGGGCGAUCCAGUGCGGUUGAGACAGGUGCUGCUGAACCUCAUCUCCAACUCCAUCAAGUUCACCGACAAUGGAGGAAUCACGGUAGACCUGCGCCUCGCCACUGACGAGGAGAUUAAAGAGAGUGUGAUGGUGCGGUUUGAGGUGAGGGACACGGGCGUGGGCAUGGAUGAGAGUGCGCGCAGCCGGCUGUUCAAGGCGUUCUCGCAGGCAGACAACUCCACUAGCCGUAGAUACGGCGGCACGGGACUGGGACUGGCGAUUUGCAAGAGCCUCUGCAACCUCAUGGGAGGGGAUAUCAGCCUGCACAGCCAGGUGGGCGUGGGGUCGACCUUUUUCUUCUACGUGCGGGUGGGCGUGGUGAGGCGCGACGCGCAGUCAGCCACGGCAUCAGCAGAGCAGUCCCUCACGAGCGACGUGGAGCCGCUGUGGAAGCACCUGCAGGACCUUAGAGUGCUCGUUGCCGAGGACAACAAGGUGAAUCAGAUGGUAGCGACACGCAUGCUGCACAAUCUGGGCCUCAAGUACGAUGUGGUGGAGAAUGGCAAGCUCGCCGUGCGCGCAUGCUCCGAGCGCUGCUAUGACGUCGUGCUCAUGGACUGCCACAUGCCGGAGAUGGAUGGCUUUGAAGCGACUCGAAAGAUUCGAGAGAUGGAAGCGGAGAGGCUGCAGGUGUACACAGCAGCCAUGGCCGCCUGUGGGAACGGCUCCCCUUACGGCAGCGCCGCCAGCUGGGUGGCUAAUACUAAUAGCGAUGCUAGCGAUAGCGAGGCUAGCUCCCCCUCGCAGCCCCGAAGGGCUCAUAUGCCACCGCGGCCGCACCGGACUUUCAUUGUUGCGCUUACCGCGUCUGCUCUUAGCGAGGAUAAGGAUAGUUGUAUGGCCGCUGGGAUGGAUUACUAUUUAUCGAAGCCGAUCCGGCCGCGGGAGAUUGAGAAGGCGAUCAGAGAGAGUCUGACGCAGGCGAAGAGCCCGACUGGGGAGUUAAAGCCCACGUCGCCGCAGUUAAGAGAGGAGGAGAGGCGGGUGGGAGAGGGGGAGGAGGCGGAGGCGGUGGAGGAGGAGGAGGAGAAGGAGGAGGAGGAGGAGGAGGAGGAGGAGGAGGAGGAGGAGGAGGAGGAGGAGGAGGAGGAGGAGGAGGAGGAGGAGGAGGAGGAGGAGGAGGAGGAGGAGGAGGAGGAGGAGGAGGAGGAGGAGGAGGAGGAGGAGGAGGAGGGGAGAAAGGAAGGAAGUUUCUAG